UCGUCUAUUUCUUCACGUUUUUUCUUGUAUUUUGACCAGGAUAUUUUUUUCUGAAAGGGAUUAAUUUGUUUGUACAGUCUUAUAUGAUUCUGAUCAAAUAUUUUAAUUAAAAAAUUCACUUCAGGCUGAAAAUAUCACUUCCGGUUUAAGGGGGUCGGUGCCAAAACAAAAACUGAUUCCUAGCUAAAUAUUUGCAAUGAAUAUGGCACAACAGCAGGCCAGAAUGAUGACAUCAACAGGACCUGUCACCAUACCAACCACCAUACCCCCAGUAGACAGAGACAAGAUUUAUCAGUGGAUUAUACAACUUACUAGUCCAGACACCAGAGAAAAUGCUCUGCAAGAACUGAGUAAAAAGAGGGAAGUUGUACCAGAUCUGGCACCUAUGUUGUGGCAUUCAUUUGGAACAGUGGCAGCACUACUUCAAGAAAUAGUUAACAUCUAUCCAACAAUAAAUCCACCACACUUAACGGCACAUCAGUCAAACAGAGUUUGCAAUGCUUUAGCACUACUACAGUGUGUAGCCUCUCACCCAGAAACUAGGUCAGCAUUCCUACAAGCACACAUUCCAUUGUUUCUGUAUCCAUUUUUACAUACAGUCAGUAAAACAAGACCAUUUGAAUAUUUACGUCUUACUAGUCUUGGAGUUAUUGGUGCUUUAGUAAAAACAGAUGAACAGGAGGUAAUUAAUUUCCUGUUGACCACAGAAAUAAUACCUCUUGGUUUACGUAUAAUGGAAUCUGGAAGUGAGCUUUCUAAAACUGUGGCUACCUUCAUUUUACAGAAGAUAUUAUUAGAUGAGACUGGCCUAUCAUAUAUAUGUCAAACCUAUGAAAGAUUCUCACACGUUGCAAUGAUAUUGGGGAAAAUGGUGCUACAUUUAUCUAAAGAACCGUCUGCCAGGUUACUCAAACAUGUUGUUAGAUGUUACCUCAGAUUGUCAGAUAAUCCCAGGGCUAGGGAAGCAUUGAGACAGUGCCUUCCAGACCAGUUGAAGGACAGCACUUUUGCUAACUGUCUCAAGGAUGACAACUCUACAAAGCGAUGGUUGAUGCAGUUACAACAAAAUCUAGAGGCCCCAGGUGUUCCUGAUCCAAGAAGUAUGCCACUACAUCAACAAUAGGCAGCAAGAAAUUGUUGAGAGAAAGACGUUUCAUUUUAGUCACGACAGGUUCCUGCUGGAAGUUUUGUCAAAAAUCAUGAUCUCAUGAACUGCAUCCCUUGACUUGUUGUUGUGGUCUAGGGUGAAAAAAUAUUUAUUCCAGUCAUGUUCUAAUGAUAUUGGAAGUGUUCAGCGAAGCAUGUUGUAAUGAGAAUAUUAAACAUCAAUUCAUUUAAACAUUUGUAAUAUAGAAAGCAGAUGUAAGAAAGCAAAUAUAUAAGAGUCAUCAAAAACAAAUAAAAAGAUAAAAAGGAUUGUUUAGAUUUGAAUUUGAGAAAGAUCAUUUCUAUUUUGUUCUAUUUUCAAAUAAAAUUGUGAUGAAUCAUA